AUCGAAGACAGGCCAGAACGAGUAGUCUCGGCACGUGGAGCGAGUACUGUGCGGCGCUCGGCACUUAAUACGUCCGGCGAGUCCAACGAAUAGUCACGGUGAACGCAGCGAAGUGUGCGCAUGCUACUAUGACGCAAUUAUUUACACGCAAGGAGAUCGAGGAGCGCAACCACAAAGAUAAUGCGGCCAUCAUCAUCGAUAACGUCGUCUACGAUGUGACGCGGUUCCUUGAGGACCACCCUGGUGGAGUGGAGGUGCUACUCGACAACGCCGGCAAAGACGCUUCGCGAUGCUUCCGCGACGUCGGUCACAGCGAGGACGCCAAGCUCUGGCGAAGUGAGUUCAAGAUCGGCGAAGUGGUGAAGGAGGAGCAGUGGGAGAUCAUUUGCCAGGAAACGGAAACGACACAGGGACGAGAUGAACUUACACUUGAAGGUCUUCUGAGCGUGUGGCUACCCCCGCUCGCAUUCGCCGCUGUGGCCGUCGUCGCUUAUAUCUACUUAUUCUAAGUUGAAAUCGAAACGAAUAACUAAUAAUUGGUUCAAGGUGUCGGGUUUCGCACAGAAUGUAGGAAAGGUUCCAAUGAGUAUUUAGUCGUGGAAGGCAAUCAGGGUGAACUUACAAACGCGUAAAUACUCAAAAAUAAUAAAAAUAAAUAAAUAAUAAUAAUAUCAAAUUCUCUGCGCAGUUGCAAGUCAUUCUCCGUCAUAGAAAAUCAUGAUUUAGCAAUACAGUGUAUCAAUGUAUUUAUCUUAACUAAAUUUAUAUUGAAAAUUACUUAUAAUUAUACAAAAUUCCAUGAAUAAAUAUGAUUACAUACAUAGAAACUAUCUCAUUGUUAUGGAAUGUAAUCCACAUUCUGCUUCAUAAUAGAGCAUCAAGUUUUUCAUUUACGAAGAUUGUAAUCAACGCAAAUUUGUUCCGUCUAAAAAAAUAUUUAUACCUACCACGAUUAAAAAAAGACAAAAAAUAAGUGUAUUUCUUGACUUUUGUACAUAGUUUACAUUUUAUUUUGUAU